AUGGGUAGCGCCGCGGUGGGUAUGGACGUGGCGGCAGAGCUCCAGAAGGUGGCGAGCAUGCGCCGUGACAGCGGCGGCUCUAGGUCGGGCUCCUCCACGUGGUGGCGUGCGCCCGACGCGUUCUCGCGCUCCUCCUCGCGGAUGGAGGAGGACGACGAGGAGGCGCUGCGGUGGGCCACGCUCGAGAGGCUGCCCACCUACGACCGCGUCCGCCGCACCAUCCUCCCGCUGGGUGGUGACGGAGAAGGCGAUGGCCACAACGGCGGGGAGGCGGCCCUACAAGUGGUGGACUUGCUCGGCCUCGGCCCGCUGGAGAGGCGCGCUCUCCUAGAGCGCCUCGUGCGCAUCGCCGACGAGGACAACGAGCGCUUCCUGCUCAAGCUCAAGGAAUGCGUCGAACGUGAACUUUGGUACAUACGACAUUGGGUAAUAAUUGGGUCAAAUGAUGAGCAGGUUUCAGGCAAAGUGACCUACAAUGGGCAUGAAAUGGAUGAGUUUGUGCCGGAGAGGACAGCCGCGUAUAUCAGCCAGCAUGACCUUCACAUCGAAGAGAUGACUGUCAGAGAGACGCUUGAAUUCUCUGCACGUUGUCAAGAUAUGUUGACUGAGCUUUCAAGGCGGGAGAAGGCUUGUUCAAUGCGAGGACAGGAAGCUAAUGUGAUCUCUGACUAUAUAUUGAAGAUAUUAGGAUUAGAAAUAUGUGCUGACACGAUGGUGGGAGAUGAGAUGUUGAGGGGCAUCUCUGGUGGACAACGGAAGCGUGUCACAACAGUGAAAAAUGCUAGGUUCUUCAAGCAGUAUCUCCUUUUGUUAGCACUCAACCAGAUGGCAGCAUCACUCUUCCGAUUUGUUGGUGGGGCAGCAAGGAACAUGAUUGUUGCAAAUGUCUUUGGAUCAUUCAUGCUGCUAAUAUUUAUGGUGUUGGAUGGAUUUAUCCUAGUAAGAGAUAAAGUGAAGAAGUGGUGGAUAUGGGGCUACUGGAUCUCCCCAUUGAUGUAUGCCCAGAAUGCCAUCUCUGUAAAUGAGAUGCUAGGGCACAGCUGGGACAAAUUUUUGAAUAGCUCCGUGUCUAAUGAGACCCUAGGUGUGCAAUCCCUUAAGUCCCGCGGAGUCUUUCCAGAAGCAAAGUGGUAUUGGAUCGGCCUAGGCGCAUUGCUUGGAUUUGUCAUGCUCUUCAAUUGUCUUUUUACGCUUGCCCUAGCGUACCUGAAGCCAUAUGGCAAGUCCCAUCCAUCGAUAUCUGAAGAGGAACUGAAGGAGAAGUAUGCAAACCUCAAUGGUAAUGCUGUGGCUGAAGAUAACUUGCCACCAGGAAGUAGCUAUCUAGCAACAGUCGGCAUCACUAGAUCCGGUUCAGCAACUGUUGAAAAUCAUUCUGGUACUAUGCAAAGGGGUAUGGUUCUUCCAUUUUCCCCGCUUUCACUGACUUUCAAUAACAUCAAGUACUUUGUUGACAUGCCCCAGGAGAUGAAAACACAUGGUGUAGUUGGGGACCGGUUAGAGCUCCUCAAAGGUAUCAGUGGAUCUUUCAGACCAGGAGUGCUGACCGCACUGAUGGGCGUUAGUGGUGCUGGCAAGACAACUCUAAUGGAUGUAUUGGCUGGGAGAAAGACCAGUGGUUACAUUGAAGGAAACAUUAGCAUUUCAGGAUACCCAAAGAAACAAGAGACCUUUGCACGUGUAUCAGGAUACUGUGAGCAGAAUGAUAUCCACUCGCCGCAGGUGACAGUCUAUGAGUCACUUGUUUUCUCAGCGUGGCUACGCCUUCCGAGGGAUGUAGACUCAAACACCAGAAAGAUGUUCAUUGAGGAGGUCAUGGAGCUUGUGGAGCUCAAGCCAUUGAGAAAUGCUUUGAUUGGACUUCCUGGUCUGAAUGGUCUGUCAACUGAGCAGAGGAAAAGAUUGACCAUUGCUGUGGAGCUGGUUGCAAAUCCCUCAAUCAUUUUCAUGGAUGAGCCAACCUCUGGUCUUGAUGCCCGAGCAGCUGCAAUUGUUAUGAGGACAGUGAGGAAUACUGUUGAUACAGGUAGAACUGUAGUCUGCACGAUUCAUCAGCCUAGCAUUGACAUAUUUGAAGCAUUCGAUGAGCUUUUCCUUAUGAAGCGAGGAGGAGAGGAGAUCUAUGUUGGUCCACUAGGCCAUCGUUCUUCUGAGCUGAUUAAGUAUUUUGAGGGAAUUGAGGGAGUCAAGAAAAUUAAAGAUGGCUACAAUCCAGCAACAUGGAUGUUAGAAGUAACAACAGUCUCGCAAGAACAGAUACUAGGUGUUGAUUUCAGUGACCUGUACAAGAAAUCUGAAUUAUACCAGAGGAACAAGGCCUUGAUACAAGAGUUAAGCCAACCACCAGCAGGCUCAACUGACCUUCAUUUCCGUAACCAGUACUCGCAGCCUUUCUUCAUGCAAUGCCUGGCUUGCUUGUGGAAGCAGAACCUGUCAUAUUGGAGGAACCCUGCUUACAAUGCCAUUAGGCUAGUUUUUACAACUGUCAUAGCGCUUAUCUUUGGCACCAUCUUCUGGGACCUUGGUGGUAAAAUGGGUCAACCACAAGAUUUGUUCAAUGCCAUGGGGUCCAUGUAUGCUGCAGUGAUGUUCAUCGGCAUCUUGAAUGCUACAUCUGUCCAGCCAGUAGUCUCUGUGGAGAGGACUGUGUUUUACCGCGAAAGAGCUGCCGGCAUGUACUCAGCUUUGCCAUAUGCAUUUGGACAGGUUACCAUUGAACUCCCAUACACUCUGGCUCAGUCCACCAUAUACGGGAUCAUAGUGUACUCCAUGAUGGGGUUUGAAUGGACAGUUGUCAAAUUCUUCUGGUACCUCUUCUUCAUGUACUUCACCUGGCUCUACUUCACGUUCUACGGAAUGAUGGCUGUCGGCUUGACGCCGAGCUACCAUGUCGCGUCGAUCGUCUCCACGUUGUUCUAUGCCAUCUGGAACCUCUUCUCUGGAUUCGUCAUCCCUCGCCCCAAAGUCCCGAUCUGGUGGAAGUGGUACUGUUGGGCGUGCCCUGUGGCGUGGACGAUGUACGGGCUGGUCGUGUCUCAGUUUGGGGACAUCACGACGCCCAUGGACAACGGCGUCCCCGUGAAUGUUUUCGUGGAGAAGUACUUCGGCUUCAAGCACAGCUGGUUGGGCGUGGUGGCCGUGGUGGUCCUGGCAUUCACCGUGUUGUUUGCUUUCCUGUUCGGCUUUGCUAUCAUGAAAAUCAACUUCCAGAGGAGGUAG